GAUACAGUACGGAAGUGAGUUCUGUCGUCUCCUGUGACAAGCAAACCAAAGCGGUUCAAUUUCUUGGUUUUGUCACUCAAGCGCUUAUCAAACGAAACAUCUAUUAAUAAGUCAAACAGCCAAUCAAGACGCUGCAUCUAAAUUGCGGUCAUUAGUUGCUAAUUUCAACAUAACACAGUCGUUUCAGUUUGUACGCGCACUGGAGACGAGAUAUAUAGCCGUGGACAGAGGCUAGCAGGGAUAGAUAGUGUCCACAAUCUGUGGCGAGAAGAUCGCUUACGCAAGUCGUCUGUCUGUAAGCAGCGAACACAUCGUUAAAAAUGCAACACUGCGAGUGGAAUAGAAGCCUUAAUGUUUUUCCUCCGUACAAUUCAUCGUCAUUCUACAUUGAUGACAUUCUGAGCACGGGAUCACAGCGACCUCAAGCAUCUAUCUGCACUUCAACAAUGUGCGAGGUACCAAAACCACCCUGUCUCACUCCAGCGUUUCAUCUGGCUCCGCCGCGGACGUACACAAACUUGAGCAGUCCAUUCACGCCUUACCAUUCCCCGAGGAGUUUCGGUUUCCACGCGCCGACAAUACCCAGUGUAUACGAAGCGUACAACGAUCACAGUGCCUGGAAUCUGUUUCUACCGAAGCCACAGAAAAAGAAGGGUGGCCAGGUUCGAUUCUCCAACGAACAAACCAUGGAACUGGAGAAGAUUUUCGAGAAUCAAAAGUACCUAUCGCCACCAGAGCGCAAACAGUUGUCCAAGGUCCUCGGGUUAACAGAGCGUCAAGUAAAAACAUGGUUUCAAAACCGCAGGGCAAAAUGGAGGCGAUUCAAACAGGAAUCACAGGGUGAUAAAUCGGAAAGAUUAGAAGCUGAAGAAACAAAGGCCAUGGAGAAGACUUCGUAAGUUCUUUGCGGUGCCAUGGGAUUCGUAUACACAUUAUCACAUUCAAUUCAGGGUAGACAGUUGCCCGUCUUUAAAGAUGUCUGACGCAAAAGUUCGAUUUAUUUCGGACAAAUAGCUUGAACUAAAUGUUUUGAAACUGAAACAUAAAGAAGGUUGAAAACGCUGGUUUUAAAGUGUUCAAAGAUCAAACAAUUUAUACCAUAAGCAACUGAACGUUGAGGAUUCAAGGUGACUCGCGCUGGCGUUGAGUGUGAGUUCUUGUUAUGGCAGGGUAGAGGACAAUCACUAUGCAAAACUUGGUCCGCUUUUAUUUGGUCAACGCACUACAAUAGUAGGACUAUUCUUUAUUUCUAUUGAAAUAUCUGAUUUGAGUUAGAGAAGAAAUUAUCUGUAAAGCUGUAGUGGUAAAGCAAAGAGUUGAUUCUGAAGUCCGUUUGGUUAAUGUAAUCAGUAACGAAAGUAUUGUAAACUAGUUUUCUCAGUAAAUCAUAAGUGUUCGCGAAUUACACGGUAAAGAAGAUUGAUCUGCCAAGUCUUUGCCAAGUAAUCCAAGAGCGAGAAGUAAUUGCCAUACGCAAAACACAUUUCGUACAUAGAGAGAAAUUUCUCGCAAUUUCGGAAGUUUUUAUUUUAAGUUUCUUUGGAAUCCGGUAGCUUUUUCAAUAGAAGAAAGAGAAUGUAAAAAGAAGUAAACAGUAAAUUGAAUAGUGUGUAAUAGAUUUGAUUUGCAAUUAGUCACUUUUACUGAGAGUAAACUCACUGAAACGACAA